AUGGUAAUGUGCCGUAGAUAUAGAUUUCAAAAGGAUGGUGAAACAGUUGAGAAAAGGAUAUCAAUGGCUUUAACAGGCAUAAUAUUAUUCUUUCACUUUGUAAUUAUUUUUACAACAAUUUCUGCCAAUUCAGACUUUACCAAUUCCUUGCCACCUUUUGAUAGUUGUAUGGGGACGGCUUUUAAAUUAUUUGUUGGAAUGUUUAUAAUUUUUGGUAUUGGUUGCUUUCUAACACAUUUUUCAAGAAUUUUGUUAAUUCGAGAAAAAAGGAAGGGAAUGCAAGAUUUUCAAUUAAAUAAUGGAGGAGGAAGGGGGGCAGCUAUGGAAUUGAUGUGAUUAAUUAAUUUUUGGAUUUUUAUGUAUUUAUUUGCUUUAAAUUUAUUUUUAAUAAUGUUUUGUUUAUUCUCAUUGUGUUUAGU